AUGGACCAUCUGCUACCGCUUCUACCUGCUGCAGGCGCACCCGGCGGCGCUGGCCAGCACCUGCUCAACCGGCUCCCGUACACGGUGGCUGCGAUCAAGGAAGCGCUCUGCAUGUUCCCGCCGGCCUUGGUCAUGCGCGGUGGGCUGCCCGGCGUGUCGCUCGUCGACGCCCACGGCAACUGCCACUCGACCGCUGGCACCAACAUCUGGCACGGCCCAUGCAACUGCCUGGGCCAAACGCUCGCGCUGCUCGACGUCAAGAUCACGCUGGUGCUGGCGGCGCGCGAGUUCGAUGUCCGCCACGCGUAUGAUGAGUGGGACGCCCUGCAUCCGGCCGCGGGCGUCGAGCAUGUAAACGGCGAGCGCGCGUAUCAGACCAUGGCCGGCGGCGGGCAUCCAGUGGACGGGUAUCCGUGCCGGGUGAGCGUGAGAGCGUGACGGUGUGCUUGCUUUGGGCAGUAAUGUACUGCGCUUGACCUAAGCCUUGCCACUGGUAGUGACGAGACCCCUACGAUCCGUAGCCUUAGGCUGCGGGUUGUCAGUCAAACAAGGCUCAUAAAAAAGAGACACAGAAGUCAGUCCCUAGAACACUCAGACAAGAGACUUGUGACAGUUGUCUUCCGCACCUACUGCCUCAAGAAGUCGAUUUGAUUUACCCUUCAACAGGACGGUCCCUGGAUAGCGGGCAGGUUCGAGCUGUACCUUCUCCCCCCACCCUCCAUCC